AUGGCUUCCACGCGAUAUCUCGAGCUCCAAAGAAGCGGGAGACUUGGCGCAAUGAAGGAGGAGGAAGAAACUCUCCUUGAGCAGAAUGAUGCCGGUCAAACAUUCGUCUCUCGCUCCUCGACCACUAGGAGAGUGUCUUCUGUGUGUCGCAAGUCCACCAUGGUGCUGAAAGACCUCAUUCUCCUUGGCCUUGCCAUCCCCACUCUCAUUACACUCUUCCAAAGCUCCGUCACCCAUUUCCAACAUGCAUCAGCUCCGGGCUCUGGCGUUUCCUUUGCGCUGCCCGGGUGCAACUGCGGCGACUCGGUCGCGCAGGCGGUCGAGCUCAACUGUCAAUACGACACGCUGGCCGCCGCGUGGCUGCCGCCGCACUGCCGCGACGACGAGCUGACGGCCGAGUUUGACGCCUUUGGAGACGGUCCCAACGGCACCUGGAUGUAUUGGGCCGACGCGCAGCACACGAAGGCGAUCGCGGUGCAGGACCUGGGGGCGCUCGCUGACCGGCCGCGAGGCGGGCCGUUUUACACGACGCACCGGUGGCACUUGAUGCACUGCUUCUUUUACUGGCGCAAGUCGAUUCGCGCAAAGAGUCGAGGGACCAUGCUGGAGCUGCGCUAUGAGAAUGAUGGGCACGCAAAGCACUGUGCGCAGAUGCUGGGUGCGGAUGGGAACAAGGGCGCGCAGGCUGGUGUCGUAUUGAACAGCAAUCGGUGGGAGGCUUUGGGAUGA